AUGGGUUGCAAUUUGUGCACUUUUCAGAAAAGAGAGGAACACUACAAACUGCUCUAUGAAGUUUCUCAGGUCAACGGGAAGGACCUGUCCCGGGCCACCCACGAGGAGGCGGUGGAGGCCUUCCGCACGGCCCGGGAGCCCAUCGUGGUGCAGGUGCUACGGCGCGCGCCCCUGGGCCGGCUGGGCCCCGGCGUCCCAGUGCCCGCUCUGACCCACGCCAGCACGCAGACGGACAUCACCUUCGAGCACAUCAUGGCCCUGGCCAAGCUGCGCGCCCCGACUCCACCCGUGCCGGACAUCUGCCCCUUCCUGCUCUCCGACAGCUGCCACUCUCUCCAUCCGAUGGAACAUGAGUUUUAUGAGGACAAUGAGUUUCUCCCCAGCUUGCCCACGGAUGCAGACAGAACAGAGGACUUAGAAUAUGAGGAGGUCGAGCUGUGUCGUGUUAGCAGUCAAGAGAAGCUGGGCCUGACAGUCUGUUACCGGACAGAUGAUGAAGAGGACACAGGCAUUUAUGUCAGCGAGGUAGAACCCAAUAGCAUUGCUGCCAAAGAUGGGCGAAUCCAAGAAGGGGAUCGUAUUUUGCAAAUAAAUGGUGAAGAUGUCCAGAAUCGCGAGGAAGCUGUGGCGCUGCUGUCCAGCGAGGACUGUAAGAGAAUCGUGCUACUUGUUGCCAGGCCAGAAAUCCAGCUGGAUGAAGGCUGGCUGGAAGAUGAAAGGAGUGAAUUCUUCGAGGAGUUAAACUUGGAGAUGCUGGAAGAACAGCAUAAUGAAACAACGCAGCCUACUUCCAAGGAGGUGGAGCAGCCGAAAAAGCAAGAGGAGGAGGAAGGCACCACGGACACGGCAACCUCUUCCUCCAACAACCACGAGAAGGACAGCGGUGUGGGGCGCACGGACGAGAGCCUGCAGAACGAGGAGAGCUCGGAGCCGGAGCCCGCGGCCGAGCAUGGCACGCGCGGCCCGUCCCCAUCCCCGUCCCCGUCCCCGCGGAGCGCGCUCGGGCCGGGGCGCGGCGUGGAGCCGCCGUGUCCUGACGGCUGCGUGUCCGGGGAAUACGUGGACUCAGACGGCGUGGGCCACCCGGAGGAGGAGUGCGAGCGAUUCCGGCAGCUCCUGGAGCUCAAGUGCAGGAUCCGAACCCAUGGCGAGUACGACGUGUACUAUGCGGGCGGCCCGCUGGGGCGGCGGGGUGCGGGUGCGGGCGCGGCUGUGGAGCAGGAGCUGCAGCUGCUCAACGAGGAGCUGCGGAGCAUCGAGCUCGAGUGCCAGAGCAUCAUGCGGUCUCACGGGCUGCGGGCCGGGCCCGAGCGCGGCGGCCCGGACGCGGUGCCCCGCGGGAAGCUGGCCGACAUCGUGGAGCAUCCGGAGCGGUCGGACAAGGACAGCUCGAGCGCCUACAACACGGCCGAGAGCAGCCGGAGCACGCCGCUCACCGUGGACCGCUCCCCCGACAGCUCGCUCCCCAGAGCAGUCCAUGCUGCCGGCCGGACGCGCCGGGAGGCCCUGGCCACCCACUCCCACGCUGGCGCACCGGGCUGCGGCGGCCCCGACGGCCGGGAGCAUCCGCCAGAGCCCGCGCCCUACCUGUCUCCGCGCCACGGCGCGCCUGCCCGCUGCGCCGGCAUCCCCGCGCACGCGCGCCACUACCAGAGCUACAUGCAGCUGGUGCAGCAGCGCUCGGCAGUGGAGUUCGCGCAGAGCCAGCUGAGCCUGCUGAGCGCCGGCCGCGACGUGCCCCGCGGCCCCGAGCCCAGGAUGGAGUGGAAGGUGAAGGUCCGCAGCGACGGCACCCGCUACAUCACCAAGAGGCCUGUGCGCGACCGGCUGCUGAAAGAACGUGCCUUAAAGAUCAAGGAGGAGCGCAGUGGCAUGACCACCGACGACGACACCAUGAGCGAGCUGAAGAUGGGGCGCUACUGGAGCCGCGAGGAGCGCAAGCAGCACCUGGUGAAGGCCAAGGAGCAGCGACGGCGCCGCGAGUUCAUGCUAAGAAGCCGGCUCGAGUGCCUGCGUGAGAGCCCGCAGAGCGGCUCUGAGGGCCGCAGGGAGCCCAGCAUCCUGGAGCUGAGCCACAAGAAGAUGAUGCGGAGGAGGAACAAGAAGAUCCUGGACAACUGGAUGACAAUCCAAGAACUGAUGACCCACGGGGCCAAGUCCCCCGACGGCACGCGCGUACACAACGCCUUCCUGUCGGUCACCACCGUAUGACCGACGGCCGCCCCGCCCCGCCCCCUCGAUGCCAUCACUUUCGGUGGUACGACC